UGUUAAAGAAAAAUAUAUAAAAGUGGGAGAAAUGAAAACGCAUGAGAUCCACGUCAUUUAGGAGUCAGAUCUACAAAAUAUUCAUAUUUUUUAAACUUAUUAGGCUUAUGAAAGAUUAUUUUAUAAUUAUUUCAUAGUAAAUAAGAAAAAGCCACAAGAUGAAUUGGAUCUUUUGGCUGUGUAUCUUAGGAUUUUCUAAAUAUCAAGUGGGUGAUGCUCAAGCUCAAAAAGUUGCUCCAGGUGUGCCGCCUCAGCAUUAUCAACAGCCACAAGCACAUCAUGUGCCUCAUCAACAACAGGUUCAUCAGCAGCAACCACCACCACCUCAGCAAUAUCAACAAGCACCACCACAGCAACAUGUACCCGUCCAGAAUGUGCCCGUUCAACAACACGGACAUGCUCACAGUCAUGAUGUUCCACCUCAGCAGUUAUUAAAUGCUGCUAAUAUUGCCCAAGAAAAAGCACAUAUCCAAGAACAUAUGGAUGUUCCUAUAGACACUAGCAAAAUGUCUGAACAAGAAUUGCAAUUCCAUUACUUUAAGAUGCACGAUGCUGAUAAUAAUAAUAAAUUAGAUGGUUGUGAAUUAAUUAAGUCACUAAUUCAUUGGCAUGAGCAAGGUCAUAAGGAUCCCAAUCAGCCGAAUGCAGCUGAAGGAAAAUUAUUUAAAGACGAUGAAUUAAUUAAUUUAAUCGAUCCAAUAUUAAAUAUGGAUGAUGUGAACAAAGAUGGUUACAUUGAUUAUCCAGAAUUCAUUCAAGCACAACAAAAAGCAGCGGCAGGAACGCGUCAAUAAGAAUAAAUAAACAUUUCUUUUUUUAUAAAUAACAAUUUAUAUCAAUUUAUAUAGAAUUUUAUUCGAACAAUAAAACUUAGAUAAAUAAA